UCAACGACUCACCACUCUAGAGAAGAAGAAGAAAACUUGCAUAGAAGGAAAAGAACCAAAAAUGUCAGGAAGAGGGAAAGGAGGAAAGGGUUUGGGAAAGGGAGGAGCCAAGAGGCAUCGUAAGGUUCUGAGGGACAACAUCCAGGGGAUCACCAAGCCGGCGAUCCGCCGUCUGGCAAGGCGUGGUGGUGUCAAGCGUAUCAGCGGUCUCAUCUACGAGGAGACCCGCGGCGUCCUCAAGAUCUUUCUCGAGAACGUCAUCCGCGACGCCGUUACUUACACCGAGCACGCUCGCCGGAAGACCGUCACCGCCAUGGACGUCGUCUACGCUCUCAAGAGGCAGGGCCGGACUCUGUACGGAUUCGGAGGCAGAGAGAAAGAGCAACCGAAAAUGUCCGGAAGAGGUAAAGGAGGAAAGGGUUUGGGAAAGGGAGGAGCCAAGAGGCAUCGUAAGGUACUGAGGGACAACAUCCAGGGGAUCACCAAGCCGGCGAUCCGCCGUCUGGCCAGGCGUGGUGGCGUCAAGCGUAUCAGUGGUCUAAUAUACGAAGAGACCCGCGGCGUCCUCAAGAUCUUUCUCGAGAAUGUCAUCCGUGACGCCGUCACUUACACUGAGCACGCUCGCCGGAAGACCGUCACCGCCAUGGACGUCGUCUACGCCUUGAAGAGGCAAGGCCGGACCUUGUACGGGUUCGGAGGCUAAGGAGUCAAAUCUUUUUAAGUAACGAGUAUCGUGUAAUUGCUGAUGGUGAAAAAUGUUUCUAGGAUUAUAACUAUUGUAAUGUGAAUUAAGCUGUUGGAAAUGUUGAAAUUUCAAUCUUGAAUUCUUGUACAUUUGUUAUGGGUUUUGAGUUGAAAUUGAAAUACGUAUUUUGAUAUUUA